AUGAGUAACGUGAAGGAGAUGAAAAUUCAAAUCAACGAAUAUCAAAAAUUACUUGAAGAUUUGAAGGCCGGAAGAAUUUCUUUACCAGAAAAAUUUGCUGUCGGGAUAUUGAUCGAAAAAUUACCUGACUCGUGGAAUGACUACAAAAAUAGUCUAAAGCAUAAGCAAAUAAAUUUUACUAUUGAGGAGAUAGUGAUUCACAUUUUAAUUGAAGACAUCAAUCGAAAUGAGUCAUUUAAAGUAAGAGAAUUGACACUCAAAGCAAACUUAACGCAAAGCCGAAAAAGCAACAACAAAAGGCACAAAAUAAGAAAUGACAAAGAAAUGAGGAAUCCUCCCAAAGCUAAUUUAUCUGAAGGAGAUGAAAUAAUUGUAGCUGUUAUUUCUCAAGUAAAUAUGGUGGCACAUAUAAAAGAAUGGGUAAUAGACUCUGGGGCUACUCGACAUAUUUGUGCAAAUCGAGAAGCAUUUGCCUCAUAUACAUCAAUAGGAGAUGAUAGUGAAGUGGUUUAUCUUGGAGACUCAAGAGCUGCUAAAGUCUUGGGCAAGGGUAAAAUGCUUCUAAAACUCACUUCAGAAAAAACUUUAGCCCUGGUGGAUGUGCUACAUGUUCCUACAAUGCGAGCAAACCUGAUUUCUGUGACUUUGUUGGACAAAGUUGGAAUGAAAGUGUCUAUUGAAUCUAAUAAGAUUAUUUUUGACGAAAAAUAA